AUGCAACUCUUCAGCACCAUCGUUCUUGCUGCUCCUCUUUUGAUGUCUGUCGCCAUGGCCAAUCCCAAUGUAUACGACUCAUACAAUGCCAACUCCAACGACUACGCUCCUUCAAAUAACUAUAACUCCUAUAAUGACAAGGCCUCUAACAACAACGGCUACAAUAACAAGGCCUCUAAUAACAAUGGCUACGAUAACAAAGCUGCCAACCACAAUGGCUACGACAAUAAAGCCGCCAAUAACAACGGUUACAAUAACAAGGCCGCUAAUAACAAUGGCUACGAUAACAAGGCUGCUAGCAACAAGGCCUAUGAUAACGGAUACGAUUCCAAGGAUACCACUGCCAAUUACGGUGCGAAGGACUCUGGAAGCAAAUACGACUCUCCAGCUGCUACUAGCUACGAGGUCGAUACUCGCCAGCACUGCAUUCAAGAAUGGUUCGGCACUGCUCCCCUCUGCAAGGGUGAAUGCCCAAAGGGAUGGCGAACAAUUCGUACCGCCAAGCUUGCCGAUAAGUGCGAACAAUCAAACGACAAAAAGAUCGUUGAGUCUUGCGAGAUGAUUUCGAAGAACAUCUGUGUUACUGGUAUUAAGACCUUGUGCGAAAAGUGCUACUAG